CAGACUUCACGGUCCUGGAUGUGGCGGAGGUGGCGGACGGGAAGCAGGAACCGGGGAACAAAUGUCUUUAAUGAGACCGUUCCUGCAGCGCUCCUCGCUCGGCUGCCUGGUGAAAGUCUUCGGCUCAUUUUCUGCUUCUAGAAGUAAAGUCGUGACACAAACAGCUGCUGCAUCUCCACUGUUUUACUUAAGACAAACGAUGCCCUUUCACACGGAAGAGAGAGGACGACCGAAUUCUUCCGACUACCGGAUAUACUUUAAAACCUCCGAAGGGAAAUACAUUUCACCUUUCCAUGACAUCCCACUAAUAGCAGAGACAGAGCAGGAAAAUGAUGUGCCUGCCAAAAAACCCAAGAACGAUGACAAUGAGGUGCUGUAUAACAUGGUUGUGGAGGUUCCCCGAUGGUCAAAUGCUAAACUGGAGAUUGCAACAAAGGAGCUGCUGAAUCCAAUCAAACAGGAUGUGAAGAAAGGGAAACUUAGAUAUGUUGCCAACGUCUUUCCCUAUAAAGGUUACAUUUGGAAUUACGGGGCUCUGCCACAGACAUGGGAGGACCCAAAACACACGGACGCAGAAACUAAGUGUUGCGGCGAUAACGAUCCCAUUGAUGUUUGUGAAAUUGGCUCCCAGGUGUGUUAUCCAGGUCAGGUGAUCCAAGUUAAAGUGCUUGGCAUCUUGGCAAUGAUUGAUGAGGGAGAAAUGGACUGGAAGGUCAUCGCUAUCAACGCUAAUGACCCAGACGCCAAAAAGUUGAAUAACAUAGGGGACGUCCGCAAGAGCCGACCCGGUCAUUUAGAGGCCACAGUUGACUGGUUUAGGAAAUAUAAGGUGCCUGAUGGAAAGCCUGAGAACCAGUUUGGAUUCAACGGACAAUUCAAAGACAAGGACUUUGCAGCUGAGAUUAUCAAGUCCACUCAUGAACACUGGAGGGCGCUAUUGCAGAAGCAGACGAAUUGUGAAGGGAUUGAAUGCAAAAACAUUACUUGCCAUGAGAGUCCUUUGAGAUGUAGUGCUGAUGAGGCAAGAGACGUCGUCCAGGCGGCUCCAGCAUGUGGGAGUCCAGUUCCUGUGUCUCCAGAACUGGACAAGUGGCAUUUUGUCUGAACACUCCAAAGACACAACGGAAACCAACAAAGACGUCUUUGCUGUUUCAAGUUUAUGUUUGGUUACAUUUACAUUUUGGUACAUUAUAGCCUAUACAGUCAUGACAAUAAUAGGCAAGGGAAGAUCUUUAUAUUUGUAAUGCUGAGUAAUGAACCAGAAUCAGGUUGUGUCAUGUCAGAUGGACAUCCAUCCAUCUAUUAUAAUUUGGACGUUAACGGCAAAAGUAUUGGUCUCCUUUUUUUCCUUUUAUUUUAAAUUGUAAAAUUCUGAUUUAUAUGCAUUUCAGUACUUUUGUGGCCAGUGUACAGGUCCAGACCUGAGGAGGCCAUUCUAUUCUAAGUUUGUAAUGUUGUAAUUGCAACAAUUU